AUGCCAUUUGCGAUUGGUGAGAGAUUUCAAAUCAAAAACGAUAUAUGCACCAUCAGAUACAUAGGUAUAAUUGAUAGAUGGCCAGAUGUCCGCGUGUAUGGUGUCGAAUGGGACAACGUUUCGCGCGGUAAAAAUUCGGGUUCUGUUGACGGCAAAAAAUACUUUGAAACAGCUUGUCCUGGUUCAGGUUCAUUUAUCAAAGAGUCCAAAUUUUUAAGAGAUACCUGCCCUACGUACUCCUUCCUCGAAGCGCUUUUCAACACAUACUUUAGCUGUCCUGGACAUGAUAGCACGUUAGCAUUUGGGUCGAAAGAGGUAGAAUAUUGUGGAUUUGAACAACUGGAUUCUCGAAAUCAUGAGCUAAAGUCUUUGAACACCAUUUCGUUGAACAAGCAAUGCAUUAAUGUGAUAUCAAGAGACCCUACGGAUAGAGAGAAGAUUGCGAGAUAUUGUGGGCAGGUUCAAACACUAGACAUUGGGAUGAACCUUCUCAUUGAUUUGGAGCUGGUGCUUGAGAUCCUUGUAUUAUGCACUCAAGCAGAAGAACUGAAUCUUUCUGGCAAUAGGUUUCAGACGCAGUGGAAUUUGCACUCCCGAAACCAAAGUUUCCCGCAAGUCAAAAGGCUGUACAUGAUUUCUUGUACACUGACAGAUAAUGAUAUAGCACACCUUUUUGAAGUAUUUCCCUCCAUUGAAUUGCUGGAUGUCAGUAUGAAUGAUUUAACUAGCGAGGCAUUCGCGGGCCUUACUUUGCCUCCAACGUUAAAAGACUUAAUACUUCACGGUAAUGCCAUUGAGUGGAUACCGAAAAACAUUCUUUCCUCAAAUAUACAAAACCUUGAUCUUUCAAGCAAUCUGAUUGGCGAUGAGAGCGUUGAUAAAGCACAUCAUUCCACCAUAAGAUACCUGGAUUUAACCUGCAACAAGAUAACAACCUGGGAACUUUUGGGCAAACUUAACUCUAUAUUCACUGAUCUUAUCUCUUUGAAGAUUCUUGAUAAUCCCUUAUACUCGGGAAAAGGAAGCAUUGCCGAUGAGGAAGAUAUGCUAUACGAAACAGUGGUUAGAAUGGGUCAGCUGAGUAUAUUAGAUGGUUCAGAUAUAACGGAGGAACUGAGAAAUAAUGCAGAACUAUACGUUGCCUCCAAGGUCGUGAAAAGCCCUGUUACUUGUGAUGAGGUACCUUCCGAAUGUAAAAUCUUUGCCAACAACCAAGCAUAUGAGGAAGGUAGAUGUCCUGUUACGUCUUGGCUAGAAGACGAACUCAUUGAACUAAAAAUCAUUGAUAAAGAAUCCAGUAGCUCAUUUCUCAUUCACGUACUACGUGGUUCAACACUAAGGUCACUGAAGGGGAUAAUAAGUUCGAAAUUACGUACUAAAAUUGCAAAGAUCCAAUUGCUUCGCACGCUGGGUGAGAGCGAUUUUGAGGUGCUUGAUAAGGAUUUUUCCAGUCUAGAUAACUCUUUCUUAGAUUCUGGAGAUAUAGUAUAUACUAUUUUAAAGGGGCGCCAAUGA